GAGAAAUAUAAUUGAAUAAAAAUGUACAGCGCCUUUCGACACUCUAAAAGUCCUGCAGCAAAUCCUCUUACAGCUGAUCAGAAGAAAAGAAUCAUACUUAAAGAGAAGAGGAAGAAGAAUAAGACAAUGAUGAUGGCUCGUAUGGCUCAUGAGAGGAGGGAAGAAUGGACUAUAGAUGCUGCUCAUAGUGUGAACUUCAACAAAAAAUUCUUUAAUGGCUCUAUUCCGCUGAAAUAACCCAGAACAUCACACAUUCAGGGACAUCGAUAUGAGUCAAAGUGGAUUUAACCCUUCUAAGAAUCGCACCAUAAUGUUUUCGAAUGUAAGCUAAAGAUUUUCACUUUACCUGUGAAUUACCUAUUCCUAGAUGAAAACCCUCAAUAGUGGAAUGUACUCUUCUCCAGGAGAGAAAGCAACACGGACCAGAGAUAAGCUUAAAGAAGUCCAUAGAGACCAAAUGAAGUUCAAGUUACCUCCAAACAAGAGUAAUCUCUUCGAAUUUAUACCUCUAAACACAAAACUGCUACAUAAUCCUAAAUGGAGAGAUUAUUCUCCUGAAAAAUGGAAAAGCGAUAAAGAUUUUAUGCAUUCAACUAGCUAUACCAGUAAAAUAACAAAAGCCUCAAGGAGCAAGGGCAAAGUCUCUUCGAUAGCCACAGAGCCUUAUGUAGAUGGUUUACAAGCACUUGGAGAUUUAGAGCUGGUAAAAAGGUCCCCUAUAAAAAAGAGUAACAAAGAAAGAUUUCAAUCAGUGAUACCAAGAGACACUUGGCAGCACCGUAUCAAGAACACCCAGUCUAUAAGAGCUCAAAAAGCACUAGAGACUAUGCUCGACCUUCAGCCAGACACUAUUACUUUACCUUCUAAGGCGAAAGCCAGAACAAUUUCAAGACUAAUUAACAAGGAUCUUACACUUAAGACUCAUGAAUACAAAUUAUUCACUACUUCUGAUCACAAGAAUAAGAAUAAAAGACUCAACAUGACUAGCUCAGUCAAACAUAACUUAGCAGAAUCUGAUAAAAUUAAGAAAUCUCCCAAAUCAGUUAAGAAAAUACCGGACAAACUGAGCCACAGGAGGCACAAAACUGCGAUAAAUUCUACAUCCAAGCAAGAACUGAAUGCUUAUUCAAAUAUCCAUAGUUCAGGCUAUUACUGUUCGGCUCUAGAGAGAUUGAAGAAGACUAAACUAAUCUCGAAAAAGAAGUCUGUUUUGUACAAUGAACUUCCUCCUGAGCCUCCUCUUAGUACAGGAAAAUAUGCUGCUCUGAAUCUACAUGAUUUCAGUGCUUACCAGAAUAUUCAAAGGAGUGAUAUUUCUUCUCAGCAUCUUCCGAGUAAGCAAAAUAGCUUAGCUGCGAUCGAAACUACCUCUAUGAAUUCAACAAGUCAGGCCAAAUUGCCUGCUGGAAAAGGGAAAGAUUCUUCUCCCAACCAAGUAGGCAUGAGAAUAAUGACUAAAAGCAAGAAAUCCCUCAUAAACUUCUCAAAAAGUCCUGCUAGAAAAGGCUUGCCAGCCUUCUUCCCCAAAAACCAGAAGAUCACAAAAGCCUUGAGAGCCCUAAUAAGUAAUUAUUUUGAGAAAUAAUU